AUGGAAAAACGGGCAAGCCAGUCCCUUUAUGCAGCCACAGAUGAGCAAUACGAAGCGUAUGAUACAUCGUACGGCUACAGCGUUGAAGAUGAGCCAGAAAAGUCAAGCGAGGAACGUGCACUCGUAAGGAAACUUGAUUUAUACAUCAUGCCGAUCGUUUGUGUUCUCGAUUUUAUUCAGUUUCUCGACAAAUCAACCAUCAAUUAUGCCGCACUGUUCAACUUCAAAGAGGAGCUCAAUCUUCAAGGAAGCGAGUACAGCUUAUUGGGCUCCAUUUUUUACUUGGGCUAUUUGUUGUACCAGUUCCCAAACAAUUUCUUCUUGCAACGUUUCGCCGUGGCACGGUACAUUGGCGUGAUUGUUGUCUUAUGGGGCAUUGUUCUCGCCUGCACUGCCCUCGGUAAAAACUUUGCUCAAGUUGCUGCUAUGCGUUUCUUGCUUGGUUUGUUCGAGGCAGGAAUCUAUCCAGCCAUGACGCUAUUGAUUAGUACAUGUUAUCGACGAUCAGAGCAAGCCGCUCGUUUGGGUGCCUUUUGGAUUUGGAACGGUGUCGCUUUAAUCAUUGGUGGCCUCAUAACGUAUGGCAUUGGAAGCAUGGAGAACGAUCUUGGAAUAUCACGCUGGAAAUGGAUUAUGAUUAUUCUGGGUGCAUGCACAGUGUUCAUGGGCAUCUUUUCGUUCUUUUUUUUGAUCGACAAUCCGAAAUCCAAAGCACUGAAGCUCAAUGCUGAACAGGAAAUCCUUGUCGAAGAACGCACACGUGAUAAUUCAGUAGUUCGCACAACGACGAUCAAAAUUCACCAAAUCAAAGAAGCCCUAGGCGAAAUCCGCUUCUGGGCAUUUGGCUUGGCCUGUAUGCUUAUCAACCUUCAGAAUGGUGCAAUGACGAUUUAUAAUGCCCAGAUUGUUCAAGACUUUGGGUUCACCCAAUUAGAAAGUGUGCUACUUACUAUUGGCAGUGGUGGUGCCGAUAUCGUUUUUAUUAUUGGUGCAGUUAUUUGUGCUCGCAAGUCAGGUAACCUGCUCUACACUGCUUGUGGUUUGAUGUGCAUUGAUAUCCUUGGUUUGAUCUUGCUGCUGGUAAUCCCUGUUACUCGUGUCAAACUGGUUGGCUUCUAUAUGGCAUGGGCAUACUGCGCAGCUUACGUCCUCAUGAUCGCAUCGAUCUCCAACAAUGUGUCAGGAUACACCAAAAAAAUCUUCUAUAAUGGAAGCCUGAUGGUGUUCUAUACGAUCGGGAACUUUGUCGGGCCUCUGCUCAUGAUUACACCACCCUAUAUCCCUGGUAUGCUUACCUACAUUGGCGCGAACGUACUCGUCGUUAUCUUGCUUUUGAUCGCUCGAUGGAAAAUGGCUACAGUCAAUCGAUACCGUUUAGCGCGCUCAUCCGGCGUUGUGACGAACGUAGAAGACGAUCUGAGCGACGUUGCCGAUCCAAACUACAUCUACACUAUGUAG